AGGACUUUUGUCCUGGGAAUACGUAGAAUAUUGUGUACACAUUAUUGUAACUAGCGAUAAGCUAGGCGAAGCUUUAUUCGAGCUUGGUCUGCAUGCGAUAAGACGCGACUCUGGGUAUAAAUACAGCUCGGUUGCUAAUGAAAUAACCACAACUUCUGUCAAGAUGCAAUUAUUGGCGUUCCUGUUUGCCGUGCUGGCCGUCGUCGCCAUGGUUUCUGCCAACAAUCCCAUGUGUAAUGAUGCGGCUCAAAGCGGCGGUGGCUAUCAGGUGUACGAAAUGUCGGCACAAGGCAGAAAUGCCCCACGCAACUACAACUAUGGUUCCACGAAGAACUAUAAUAGGAACUCUCACUAAUGAAUCCAUCCAUGAUUUUGCUGUGUUAAAUAAAAAGAUGCCUACUGCCUUGAAAAUAAAAUAAAAUGUUUAAUAAAAUCA